AUGAUGAGCAGACACUGUUUCGAGACUUUGGAUCGUUCUAUGCGUGAUAUUAUAAGAUCUUCUGAAGACAAACCUUUUGGAGGUAAAGUAGUUGUUUUCGGUGGAGAUUUCAGACAGAUUUUACCGGUCAUACCUGGAGGUGGUAGAGCAGAGACUGUUUUGCAAGCUCUUAAUUCGUCAUAUCUUUGGGAGCACUGCAAAGUUCUGAAGCUAACAAAAAACAUGAGAUUGCUCGCUGGGCUUACUGAUGAUGCAGCAAAAGACCUUCAAUCCUUCUCAAAAUGGAUUUUGGAUGUUGGAGAUGGAAAAAUAAAUUUGCCAAACGACGGUCAGGUUGACAUUGACAUCCCUUCUGAUCUGUUGAUCAAAAAUAUUGGAGAAGAUCCGAUUCAAACUAUUGCAAAGGAGUUGCCAGGUGAAUACAAGGUUUACCUUAGCUCUGACAGUAUAAUCCCAUCCGAUGUUGAUGUAGAAGAAAAUGUUACCUAUCCAGCAGAGUUUUUGAACAGUGUUAGAGUGGCAGGAAUGCCUAGACAUAAUUUGAAGCUGAAGGUUGGUGCUCCUAUUAUGUGUCUCCGUAAUUUGGAUUUGGUAGAUGGCUUAUGCAAUGGUACUAGGCUAAUUGUUACUCAGUUGCUCCCACAUGUUAUAGAAGGUAGAAUUAUAACUGGAAACAGUACUGCUGGAGACAAAGUCUGGAUUCCUAGAAUGUAUGUCAGUCCACCUGACACAAAGUUUCCCUUCAGGAUGCGUCGAAGACAGUUUCCCGUUACACUGGCUUUCGCGAUGACCAUCAACAAAAGUCAAGGUCAAACACUAGAAAGUGUUGGUUUGUUUUUGCCUAGGCCAGUGUUCUCACAUGGUCAGCUCUACGUUGCACUUUCAAGAGUUAAGUCGAGAUCUGGAUUAAAAAUCCUAAUAACUGGUAAAGAAAGGAAGGCCGAGAGAAAAACAUUGAAUGUUGUCUACAAACAAGUUUUUCAAAAUAUUCCGUAG